AUGCUCUUGUCUCUAUGGCAUGAACACCCCCUCUUAGGCAACCACUCCGGAUUUGAGAAAGGAGUACGAAAAUUUAAAGACAUUUUCCUAUGGCCCAGCAUGGACAAUGACAUCAAGAAGGCUUGGUCCAAUUGCUCUCAAUGUCUUCUGAAUAAGACACAGUCCCCGUUAAUGGCUCCAGUAUCGACAAAGACAUUACCUAUACCUCCACAUCCUUGGCACACAUUAAGCUUGGAUCACAUUAUUAUAGACGACAAUAAUAAUGCUCUGGUACUAAUUGACGAAUUCAGUAAAUUCGUUUCUUUAUGUCAUACUACCAACUUGGGUGCUAUUACGGCUAUCAACGCCUUGGAACGUCUCUUCUUUCUCAUUGGAUUCCCCACAGUUAUCAAAUCCGACAACGGCCCUGCUUUCAUUUCAACUCCCUUCAAAAUGUUUUGUAACAACUAUGGCAUCAGACAUUACACUGUCUCUGCUUACAAUCAUCAAGGCAAUGGAAUUGUAGAACGCUUCAACCGCAUAAUCCGCGAAACCAUCCGCCUAUACCCCAAGAUUGAUAUCAAGUUGAUACUUCACAGUGCUCAAUAUGCCCACAACUUCGGUUAUACCACUACACAAGAAGGUAAACCAAAAGAAUAUAUAUUGCACACAACAGACAAAUGGCUUGCAGAGCCAUAUACAAACUCGUCUCUUUCCGGUCGACAUGAUCUCCUCUUAUACUUGAAAUCACACAUGAAUCAACAACAGCGACAAGUAGCUCAAACUUCACCCAAACGGAUUCCCGCAGGAACUCUCGUUUUUCGUAAGGACCCUACGGCGCACAAGAAUAGUGCACAAUAUGAUGGCCCAUAUGAAGUAAUAGAACAUGUACACGGCGACUCAUACAUGAUACAAAAACUAUCCUCAAAAGGUAGAAGAAUUGACACCGCAUUCAAAACAAAUGCUCGCUUACUGAAGCUAGCUCCGAAGCACUACUCGCUACCUUCCACAGUGACAGACACGCCAAGUACACUUCCUACUAUCGCAUCAGAAACAACACCGACAUUGGAUAUUCCAUCCACAAAGAAGAGAGGGAGACCAAAGAAAGUGCACAAUAAAGAAUCAAUUCCACCUCAGAAAGAACUAAACAUAGAUAUAAAGAAAAAGCGAGGACGACCCCGUAAAUUAACUAGAAAAACAACCAACAAAAAUAAACCACAACCUGCAAAUGAAACAGUGAAAGAAAUUAAAAAACGUGGUAGACCCAGAAAAACAAUCACAGAAGAACCAAGUAAUGAAUAA